AUGGAGAAGGAGGAAGGGGUGGAGCUGUGCGAGGACACGGGUCUGUUCCAAGGCUUUUGGGGUCAGGUUGGAGGUCAUCGUCUGGCUGUGCGGUCAGGAACCCCAGAGGUGCCUGAACUCGGCCUUGGUCCAGCCCCUCCUCCUCACUCGCUGGUCCUUGAGGGAGAUAAGCUUUUAGCCUCACUGGGGAACCUGUCCCAGAAUUGGAAAAAUAAUCAUGUGAUGUGGAUUGUCCCCAGGGAUGAGGCCAAUGUGCUGUAUCAGAUCCUGUUUGAAGAGCUGAUGCGACGUGAGCAAGUGUCCGUGCUAGAUGGAAAUCUGUCAGAGGAGGAAAAAAUGUUUCUCCUAUGUUUUCCCUCGCAGAAGCAUAAGCUGGAAAAGAGUAUCAAAGAGCUUAACACCAUUGCAGACCAAGUUGACUCAACCCACAAGAUGCUCACCAAGACCAACCUGGUGGCUAGCUCCUCAAGUGCUGUCUGUGGAGUCAUGAGCAUCCUGGGCUUGGCCCUGGCACCUGUGACAGCAGGAGGGAGUCUGAUGCUCUCAGCGGUUGGGCAGGGCCUGGGGGCAGCUGCCGCCAUCACCACCAUUUUCACAAACGUCUUAGAAAAUAGAAGCAAUUCGGCAGCAAGAGACAGAGCCAGGAUACUGGUGUCUAUUCCAGCGACAGAGGAGAAUGAAGCUCUUGGAGGAAUAAAGUUGUCUGAGGUCUACGCUGCUGGGUUGUGUGUUAAUAAAUGUGCCAGCAUCAUCAAGAGCAUCAGGCAACUUCAUGCCUACCGGAUGGCCAAAGCCAACUCUGGCUUCACGGCUAUGGUUAAGAAUUUCAUGGCCACAGGCCGUGUCCCAUUCUGGAGGGCCACAGGGGUGCAGAGAGCCAUUGAGGGCCCAGCUCAGGCCAUGACCAGGGGUGCCCGGGUGAUGGGUGCUGCUGGAGCUGGUUUCCUUCUUAUGCAGGAUGUGAACAGCCUUCUGCAGAACUGGAGGCACCUGGAGGAGGGAGCGAAGGCCGGGACGGCAGAGGAACUGAGAACAUGCGCCAAGGAGCUGGAGCAGCGGCUGGGCCAGCUCACCCAGCGCUACGAGCGGAUCAUCUGGAAGCAGUGCUCUGUGAGGAGGUCUUGUCCACCUCUUCCCUUGCCCGUCAUGGAGCACAAGCUUAGGCCAAGUCCCGGCAGGGCACUGAAAAAAUCGUGUGAAAAGACACAGUUUCUGCUCUAA